AUGGCAGCGCAGGACCGACUCGCACGCAUCCGUGCCCACCUCCAGGCCAUCGACGUUGCCGUGUAUGUUGCAAGCGAGGCCUCGCCGGCGGCGUCGCCCGACCCCGACAAGCUCGCGACGGUGCUUCCGCCGCCGGCCCUUGCGUUCCUCGCUGGCUUGGCGAAUACGUUCCGGGACGACGUUCGGGCGCUCCACAUAACACGCCUCCAGCGCCAGCUCGAGCUCGAUCUGUGCAGUAGCCUCGACGAGGCGCACGCUUCAUGCGUCUUUCGCAACGGCCCGUACCCCGAUGGCGACGCGUGGACCAUCGACCCGUUGCCCGAGGUCCUGCGCGAUCGCCGCGUCGACAUUGGCGACACGUCGCCAGCGCGCACGGACGAGCUCGUUGCGGCGCUCAACUCUGGCGCGCAAGGUGUUCAAGUGGACAUGGACGACGGCCACUGCCCGUCGUGGAAGAAUGUCAUCCACGGCCACUGGAACCUACUGCAUGCCGCACGAGGGAUGCUGCAAGGCGUGCAGUCGUCGCCGGCGCUGCUCCUACCGCGGCCACGCGCCUGGAACAUGGACGAAGAGCACGUCUUGGUGCACGGCCAUGCGGUGCCCGGCGCCCUCUUUGAUUUUGGCCUGCACAUGUUUCACAGCGCCGCGCACUUGGUUGCGACGGGCCGCGGUCCCUUUUUCUACUUGCCCAAGCUCGAGUCGGCGGCCGAGGCCGGUCUCUGGGCCCGCGUCUUUGCGUACACGGAAGCGACCCUUGGCGUCCCUUUGCAUUCGAUCAAGGCCGUUGUGCUCAUCGAGCAUAUUCUGGCGGCGUUCGAGAUGGACGCGAUCUUGUAUGCGCUCCGGCACUACUCGGCGGGGCUCAACUGCGGCAUGUGGGACUACACUGCGUCCAUCUUGAGCAAGUUUCGGUCGUUCCGUGAGGCGUCGCUGCCCGACCGUCAAGCCCACGUGUCGAUGCAGACGCCGUUCCUAGCACACUACAUGCACGUCCUUCUUGCGACGUGCGCUCGACGCCGCGCACCGGCCACGACCGGCAUGGUGCCGUUCGUUCUCGCACAGGCCACGCCGGCGGAGGCCGCUGCGAUGCUGCAAAAGACCCGCGCGGCCAAGACGCACGAAGCAAUCGCCGGCUCCAACGGCGCGCUGGUAUUUGAUCUUUCGCUCGUCCAAGAGGUCCAAGAGAUCUUUGCUGCGCAGGCGACGCCGCGGGAGGUGGAAGCCACCUCGAUGCCGAGUCCGCGCGAUCUUCUCGCGCUGCCACGUGGCCACGUGACGAUGCACUCGGUCGCGUUCAACUUGCGCGUCGUCCUCGCCUACAUUGAGGCGUGGGGGCGCCAGGACGGAGUCGUCGUCCUCGACCACUGCGUCGAAGACUCGGCGACAGCCGAGAUUGCUCGGUCCCAGCUCUGGCACUGGAUCAAGUUUGAGCAUCCGAUUCAUGCCACCGACCUCGUCGUGUCCAUGGCACUCGUCCAUGCGCUGCUCGCGCCCAUCUCGGACGCGUAUACGCCGGCGACGCGCCGCCUGACGCUCCACUUGCUCCACGUGCAGCACUUUCCAACGUUCCUAACCUCGUUUCUCCAGUCGCAGCGCCUCUUGUGGCAGUAGAAGACGAAGAAGCAGAGAUCGGCUGUACACAAUAUUGGUUCGUAUCGUCGGUCGAUCAUGUAAAGCUUUCCAUACUCGCAACG